AUGACCAGUGGGCACCACACAGCCAUGGGCCCCAGAGCAGGUGCCCUGGUGAACCCGGGCCUCGCCUUCCUGGUGUCACACUCUCAUCCCCAGGCCGAGGGUGCCACCCAGGGAGGGCUGGAUGUCAGGAGGGCCAACCUGUGGGCCAGUGCCAACACCUCCCUCCUGCAAGGCUUCCGGUGCCAGCCGGCCAGUCAGCUGUCCCGGGACCAGCUUGCCGCUCUGAUCAGGAGGAUGGAGACACAGCAUGUCCUCCUUGGAGCCUGGCAGCUCAGCUGUCUGGCCAACCUGGCCUCCCGGCAAGGCCUCCAGGGCGACUUCGAGCUCCACCCCACCAACCUGCUGCUCUUCUACGACCUGACACAGGUGAGGGAAGCCGACUGCCAGGCCUUCAUCUGCCGCACCGCCCAGGGCAACACAGGGCUGCUGGCCCACCUGCCCGACCAGAGGGCCACCCUGCAGCACAGGGCCCUGGCCCGCCUGGGAGGGCCCCGCCUGAGCCUCAGCACCUCCGACCUGCUGCUCCUCGGGGUCCUGGCAUGUGACAUGGAUGCGUCCAGCAUCAUGGCUGCAGACCUCCAUGUGCUGCAGAACCUGCGGCGCUAUCCCCAGCUGAUGGCCGCCCAGCAGGCCGCCCUCAACAGGCUGCUGGCCAGAGGCAGGACCAGGCUCAGGCCCCCUGGCUCUUGGAGCCUGGAGGGGCUGCAGGCUCUGGGACCCCUAGCCACCUACAUCAGCCCCAGCCUAUGGAUGCAGGCGCAGGAGGCCAUGGGCCUGGACUUCUUUGGCAGCAUAGUGGCACGGGCAGGGCAGCUCAGCCAGCGUGAUGCCAGGCGCUUCGGCACUGGCUCCCUUGAGGCCAAGGCCAAGUUGGUACCCUCAUGGCCCAAGUGGGACACAGGGAGACCCUGCAUCCGUGGCGACAUCACCACGGCCACGCUGCACGAUGACCUUUUCCUGGUGCGCUACGACUGCAUGCAGCUCAAGUCCUGCCUGGGCAGCCGUGUGCUCAGGGCCAACCUGGACCCCCUGCUGCAGCACCCGCUGCCCACCCAGAGCCAGCAAGUCGUCAAGGCCAAGCUGGCUCAGGUGCGUCUACCCGGCGGCGUCCCCAAGGAGCAGCUGUGGCUCAUCCCCUCACUGGCCUACCUCUACUCCCAUGCAGAGACUGGCCAGUGGCACAUCACGUCCAAGGACACGGUCGUGGCCCUGCUGGUCCCAGACGGGGCCCUGGAGAACCAGACAGAGGCCAUUCUGCAGAAGUUUCUGGACCACAACAGCACCAUCACCAGUGCCCUGCUUGUGGCCAUCGUGGGCUCCCGCCUCUGUUGGAUGAGCCCCCGCCAGAUCCAGGCCAUCCGGCCCUUGGAGUUUCAGCUGGCCGGAGCCCUGGACAUCUCCUCCUGCCCUCAGAGCCGCAAGAACGAGCUCUACGACAAGGCCCGAGAGGCCUUCGGCGGCGCCAGAACCGCAGACGCCUACUACAGAUUCACCCCCGCCCUCACCGCUGCCCCGCCCCUAGGUGGUGCCCCCGUGGAGGAGCUGCGGCACCUGGCCCAGGCUAACGUCUCCGUGGACAUAGACACUUUCACCAAUCUGAACCCCCGAGUGCUGCAGGUGGAGCCUGUGUGCAACGUGACAACGCUGCUGGGCCAGAACAUGGGGGACCUGCAGAAGGCUCACAGACACCCCACCAUCAGCUCCUGGCUCCGCAGCCUCAAUCGGUCAGCCCUGGGCGAGCUGGGCCUGGACACAGACCCAACCGGCCCCACCGGCCUCACCCACUCGACCACUGGGACCCCCAACACCACCCCCUGGACGCCCCAUCUAGUCCCCACCUCAGACCGGCCUUGGAGCACUGACCCCAGCUCAGGGAUGGUCCCACCAGCCCACCUGGGGUAUCUGCCACUUGCUGUGGCCCUGCCGUCGGGCCUCCUGUGGCUGCUGUAUUGGAGCACCCCGGGACCCAGCUGGAACCACUCACAGGGCACCUGCCCCAUGGCCUCCAAAGACAGCGCUGCCCCAGCACCACUUGCAGGAAAACCGGGGCUGACUGAGGACCUGGGCCCAGAGUCACUGCCCCAGCCAGUGAGGGAGAUGCUGCCCCUGCCCUCUGGCUUCUUCCAGAUGAAGAACUAG